UGACAAGAAUCUCCAAUUACCAAAACAUAAAGGACCAAAAAAGUUCAGGAGAACAUUUCUGUCUUAGCAGAACAGCUGCAGUCACUUCUUUUUUAUUUUUUUCAGAGCCAUAGUUCAACAGUUACGUAACGCAUCGACCAGCUUUCCGCCGGUUAGGGAAUCUUUCCUGCAGCUUGAAAGCAGCGCAGCACUUUUUGUUCCUGUCCCUACCUCCCAAAAAACACAGAUUUAAGGGUGAAGUCAUGAGUGCAGAAACGCACACUUGUUAUGAAGGCUGCAAUGUCAACAUCUUUCCGUUCUACCUGGAAAAGUCCGGAGAGCACGCAGCCAUUGUCAAGUGUCUGCAAAAUGUCCUCCCCGCAGAAUUUCAAAGAAUUGGAGCUGGUAAAAGCAGCCUGGAUGUACUUGGUGUUGGGAGUGGUGGAGGUGAGAAGGAUGUUCAGAUACUCUCACUUCUGCAGUCGGCUUUCCCUUCUGUUCCCAUAACUGCUGACAUUGUGGAGGGCAGCUCCGAGCUCACAGCCAACUUCAAAGCUUUGGCAACCAAGACUGCUGACCUUAAGAAGAUCCAGUUCUCUUGGCACAUCAUGUCCAGUGAGGACUACGAGAAAGCAAAGGGAGGCAUAAAGAAAUUUGACUUCAUACACAUGAUCCAGAUGAUCUACUAUGUAAAUGGCAGGCUCAUGAUCAUUGUUGAAUCAGCCAACAGUGGUUGGGACAUCCUGUGGAAGACUUACAAGAAGGAGUUGUGUGUUGGAAGCAUCACCGAGUACCGUUCAUCUGGAGAGAUCAUUUCCUGCCUCAAAGACCAAAGCCUUAAAUUCGAGGAACAUCUGGUUCCCAACAGCUUUGACAUCACAGAAUGCUUUGACCCGAGCAGCGUAACUGGAGAACGUCUGCUGAGCUUCAUGACAGGAACAGAGCACUUCUACAAAUCCUUCAGCCCAGAGGUCAGAGCAGGCAUCCUGGACAUCCUCAGAAACAAGUGCAGCACUGAAAAAGAUGGCAGGGUGUUCUUCAACAGCAAUCUAACCUGCAUUUUUGUUCAUGCUUAGGUUUCCUGACAAAUACGCUCUUCUGUGCAUUUUAUGUCUUUUUAUCCAGCAUGUUUGCCUUUUAGAACCAAUAUACUCUAAAUGGGUAAAUUCAGCUUCUGUUCUCAUUUUAAAAGGAACACUCGCUUUUAAGAAUCAGUUAUGCUCAAAUUCUAAAUUAGUUUGUUUUUGAAUAGUUUGAUCAGCAAGGGAACAGUUAAUGUCGUGAGGAAGACGUGCAUUUAAAUAUGCAAUAAAAAUAAGGAGUUUCCUUAAUGUUGCAGAGGCAACUUCUAUAAUGAGCCAACAGGCAAUUAUUGCCUAUCUCUCUUGGAUCUACAGUCACUGCAGUCUAGAAGAUGAAAAGACUCAAACAACAAAAUACUCACUAUCUGAAGAAAAAAAGUGGAGUAUUUAGUACCAAAAUGGCCAGAUGUAUCCUUAAGGAGUAAAACUGGUAGUAAAAUGAGGGAAAUUAAUUUGGAUUCCAUUGAUUUCAUUCCUACAAGCGUGAGAACUUUUCCUCAGUCAGUGCUAGAUGUAAAGGUCAUUACUGGUUAAUAAAUUUGCUGAUGUGCUAACAGUAAAGGUAUGUAUGUUGUUUCCUCAUCUCUUGAUGUUUCGAAGUAAAAAUCUACAGACAUAGUGAAGACAUACUGUAGUGAGAAAUUUUUCUUUUUUUCUUCUUUCUUUUUUCAGGAUUUUCAAUGUCACGCAUGUUUUGAUUCAGUCUUUGUUACUCUGAUACCUUUAAUAAACACUACAAUCAGGGCCUUCCGAAGUCAUCCUGA